UUCGAGCAUGAAUUAAGUGCUUUUCAAAUAAAAUACUUUAAAAAAGACUUGUUCAAUUGCAUUGGAAUACAAUAUACUUUUUUUUUUAUAUAUUUGCAUUACUCAAUUGGAAAUGUGAACUAAUGAAUUGAAAGUAGUUCUUACUCAAUCAUCACCCAGAAACACAAGGUAAGAAAACCUAUUUCCCUAAAAACAGGAAACAAAUUGCGUUAGAAUUCAAAUCAUCUUGUUUUUUAACUCUUGCUUCAUGCUGCUUUCUGGAUUGACAACUUAUUGAUAUGUAGUCACUACUGUUCUUAUACAAAUGUAUUUCUGUUUCUGAUACUGUGUGAGCAAGUGGUUAGCAUUAACCUACUUGUGGCUGCAGAGCCUUUUUGGUAGAAAAAAAAAGAAAUUCUUGGGAUAGCUAGACCCUAUGCUCUUGGGGAACACUAAAUAUUUGAACUGUCCACCACGAGGCAGUUAAAGCUCAGAUAAUUUACCAAUUAUCAUAUGAAAGAUGUUUUUGGACUUAAAGAGAGACUGGAGAACCACAUGAAAACUCACAGAACAUGCAAAUUUAUUCAACAGACCUUGCUUGGAUUUGAACCAAAACCUUUGUCUUGUUAGUUACUGGUGCUAGCCACUAUACCCCCAUGUACCCUGAGUAAAGCUCCAAAAGCUCAAAGCAUCGUUAAAAACCUAUGGCUAGAUUUCAUGCGAACAACUGUUAUGUUACUCAGAUUUGAAUUUUAAAAUUAGCUGUUGGAAUGGCUGUGAGUCAUUUGACCAUCAUCAUAAUACAGUUUGGUUUCAGAUUCUCAUAUUUUGUAUUGCUCAUGUUCCUGUAACUUCACCUCAACAGGAAAUUGUGCAUUUUUUUUUUUUUUUUUUGUAGGAUGUUAUCUUUCACAGCUGUAUUCCAAAAAAAUUAAGAUGUUUGUUUUCAUCUAACUGCAAAAGCCUCUGAAGUUUGUGCUAUGGGGUUGUGGAUAUUCUUACUUCCUAAACUGCCAAGAGGAACUGGGCUCCAUUAUUAUCAGCUGUUGGCUUGUUAACUUAGGGGAGACCCAUUCCAGCUGUAUCAUCUGUCACGUCAGGCCUAAGAAUACGUUCUGACAACAGACCUCGGUGAAACAGAUGGUAGGGGUUGACUAUAUAUAAUACCAGGCUUGAUGGAGACAAAAACACUUAGUAAAAUAGCUCCAUAGAAGCAGUCUGUGGAAGAAACUACCAAGCUCUCAUUAUGUCUCAGCCAGGUGACAUUAAAAAGAAGAAGCGCCCUCCGAUGAAAGAGGAAGACCUGAAAGGAGCUCGCAGUAAACUUGGCCUAAAGGGUGAAGUCAAGAGUAAGACCUAUGAGGUCAUGGUGGAGUGUGAGCGAAUGGGAAAAGUGGCUCCAUCUGUGUUCAGUGGCGUGAGAACAGGAGGAGAGACGGUCCUUUCCAAGCCUGCUGAUGCCAAAGACCCUGCAGCCAGUGUGUUCUCCAAGUAGUCAAGUUGCAAAGCAAAAGCACUGAAGAAGCAUGUACUUUAGGUUACAUAAUCAUUACUGGACAACAAGGUUCUUCAGUGAGAUGCUAUUUGUUUUUAUAUCAAAUAUUUAUUCAGUUAAGUAGCUCUCUCAGUCAGUAAAAGAGUUUAGGUGUUCUCAAACUGAAUUGAUAUAACAAUAACUUUAAUUCUUAUUAAAUCUGUUUUUUAUGUAGUUAAUACAGCAACUUGACAACAUUCCUUUGAAAUUAAUUCACAAAAAAUAAAAUGUAAUUUAAAUAAAUGCCAUGAGUUUUUUUCCCUUAUUUAUUUUAAAACUUCAGGCAUUUACAGAGAGAAGCCAUGUGUCCUUUUUUUCUGAAAUCUGUUUACCAAGUCCAUAAACAGAUUUUUUUUUUCUGCUCAAUGACAAGCUCUUACUUCAAGUGGGUCUAUGUGAGAUUCCAGUCAAAAGUAUGAUGUUGAGAGGGGAAUUCAAUUCAUAUAUUGUAAGUGGGCAGUUAUCUACUGCACAGAUCCUCGUGUGCCUACAAAUACUACCUCACUUAUUCAUCCAGACUGGAGUUAAUUCCCUCACCAAGAUUUUUUUUCUUUUCACUCCUGAGUUUUGAGGCACUAAUGUAGGUCUUUAAAAGAAGACUCAACAAGAAGUCACAAAAGUCCAGCAGUCAUGUGUGGGGAACCUUUUUUUAAGUUCCAAUCUGUGUUUUUGUUGAAUUAUUUUACUUUUCUUCUAUCCACAUUUAAUUUGUUUUUCUUUUUUAAUGGGCACAGGUUUUGGUCUAGAAAAGACAAGAUUUUUUUUGGAGUUACAGAGAUCAAAAUAGGAGUUUGUUUCCCCCAAUAUUCUGGAACAAAUUUUCAUCUCAAUACACCCAAAAGCACUCGCAUUUGAUUUAGUCAUGUGGUUUUGGUUUCAUGCUUUAGUUUGAAACAGAAAUCCGGUAAACGCCAGUCUGAAUACAGACCAAACACAAGCUGCAGAACUCAACCUGGACUAAGGGACUUUUCCAGUCUGAAUACACCCUUAGUUGUCUUUGGCUCACCCACAUGUAGGCGUUUUAAGGGGAGUAUUCCUAGAAAGGGGGAUGGUGAUGAAUUAAUAUACAGUACACUUCUCUGUGAAAAGAAGAAGAAAAAGAAAAAAAAAGAAAA